CGUGCCUGUCGCUCACGGUAUUAAUGUCCAACGCCUGCCCAUCUGCGCGUUGCAAGGCGGGGCCGGCUUUUGGAGAGGGAUUGGAGUCUUGCAUCCUCCAUCUUCCACUUCCCACUUCCCUCAACUCACCGCAUCGCGAACUCGCGGGAAUACAAGAAGAGAACAAGUCGAAAAAUGAGAGGAUAGCAGCUUGGGCACCACAAGCCGACACGACACUGUGGCCCCAAACCCCCGCUCGCCGGCUGACUGUUUGUUCUUGUGAAGCCGUCCACCCCGUCAUUGCCUCUUUUCUCUAUCGCACUGCGCAAGCGGUGCUUUGGUUACUCGGCGCUUUUUUUUUGCUCGACUUGGGCGCGCGCUGUAGCCGCUGCCAAACGCUAGCGCAACAGAACACAGCCGUCCGCUCCACCCCCCGCGCGGCGACACAGGCGACAAGAGCGAGGCUGCUGACGCCCUCGUCCUUCCCGUCUCCCUCCUCGUCGCCCCAUCCCCGGGCGAAGGUUAAGGUCCAGACCACAUCGGAGCUCGAACCCGAGAAGCUCCGCCCGUCUGUGGAACAGUGUGCGCUGUGUAUUUAAGUAGGAUUGUGCUUCCCACCAGGCACUGGGCGGUAUCCCGACGUUGGGCCCCAACUGCCAUUCGACUGCCAGCUUUCGCCUAUAUUCUCCCCCCGUUAUCAUACAAAACCAGUCUCACGCGAUGGCCUCGGUCGCCUCUUCCGGUACAUCCCCGCUCGCGGCGCUGGACGCCUUCCAGGGCGGUGAGUACAUAGCCACCGACGACGAGUCGUGGGCCUUUAUCUCCCCCGACGGCCUUGCCCCGUCCAGCAAUGGAUCCAUCGAUUUCUUCCCGAGCCCGGACACGGGCAGCCUGCGCUCGUACGGCGUCGUCCGCCGCGCCGGCAGCCACGGCGGCGUCCAACCGUCGCCGCCCGCGCCCUCCCCCCUGUUCCUGGACACCGAGUCGUCGUCCUCGCAGGGCUUCGCCCCCAUGAGCGGCAUCUCGACCGCCGCCGCCGACCAGGGCUCCUUCGCGAGCAGCCACGGCCACCACCAGCAGAGGCACCAUGCCGGGUCGCUCUCUUCUGCGUUUGGCGGCGACCAGAGCGCCACGUUUUCGGACGACCAGGCGUCGCUAUUGGAGCAGCUCGCGUUUGCAGACCACAUGGUCGCUUUCCCCUCGACGGCAGGGCCGGUCGACGGCCAGAUGACGGGCGUGACAGUUGGGGAGAACAUUUAUCACGGACGUCAUUUCAGGACAAACGAGUUUGUCCUGGGCGAUCACACCAUUCAAGACCUCGACAUCUCCCGGUUUAUGAACGGGGCAUGGGACACCAUGCCGUCGCAAGCGCUGCCCGCCACCGGCAUCGCGCCGCACGCGACAAUGAGCCCCCACGGCCCUGUCUCGCUCGAUAUUCCCGUCGGUAUGCGGCAACAGUCUGACGUCAACGCGGCGCCCUGGAGCCCGCCAGCGGCCAUGCAGACCGCCAACGGUAAUAAUAACAACAACAACAACAACGGCAAUCUGAUAUUCAGGAUGGAGGAGUUCGGCCCCCAGUCGGCCUGCACACCCAUGACGCCAUCCUCGACUUCGAGCCCUGCCGCCUGCUCCUCGGCGAGCCCGAUAUCGCCCCUGGUGAAGCACGAGUCUGACCCCAAGUCAACGAGCGACGCCGCCAUCCGCAAGGUCAAGAACGCCCGCAUCGAGAAGCGCAGGUCGCCCGCGGACUCCACCAGCAGCAUAGCGAGCAGCAGCAGCGGCGGCUCGGCGAGCAGCGAGGUGGCGCUAAAGUUCAUCACCAUCUCGUCCGAGUCGGCCGCGGCGUCGGGCGGCAAGGGGAACAUGUUUGAGGGGUACGACCGGAUGACGCAGCGCGGCCGGAAGGGGCCCCUGGCCGACGCGACCAAGGAGAGCGCGCUCAAGGUGCGGAGGAUAGGCGCCUGCUUCAGCUGCCACGCGCGAAAGGUCAAGUGCGAGGCGACGCGACCCUGCAAGAGCUGCGCCAAGAUUUCGCUGCCCCAGAUCAUUUGCUGGCAGUUCACCGACUUCACGACGGUCCUGUUCCCCUUCAUGAUGCGCGAGCACUUUGUCAAGGAGAAGAUGGCAGCCUUCGUCGCCGAGAACGUGCAGGACUUUCUAGUGGACGGGGUCGAGCGGCCGUGCGUGGUGGAGCUGACGGCGGGCAGGCGCUUCACGACGUACCUGACCAUCACGGCCAAGGCCUUCACGCCGAACAAGCCCGAGAUCCUGGCGCACUGGGGCCAGACGCAGGAGCCCAACGGCUCCGUGUCGCUCAGCUGCGGCGUUGCGGUGCCCGUCGGGCUCGACAUGGCGGCCGGCGACGGCGGCGCCCAGCGGGCCGACCUGCAGAAGCGCGCCAAGGAUUUUGUCACCAACCUCAUCCGCGACCCGUGCUUCGCCGAGGAGAUGACUGCCGAGAUCCGCUCGACGUGCCUGCCACGCGACGUGCUCCGCGUCGUCUGCAAGUAUGCCGCGCGCAGCAAGUCGGAGAUCGUGGACAAGGCACUCCGCGUGUACACCAACCAUUAUAUACUCACGCGGCAUCUGAACGUCACGCCCAAGGGAUUGAGCCAGCUGAUGCGCAUGCGGCUCGCGUCGCAGAACCACGACUCGCAGACGACGCGCCUCCUGAACCGGCAGUUCAAGGCCGUCCUUGACGAGGUCCACAAGCAGGAAAUGGCCGAGCUAUUCAACCUGUUCUCGAAGCUGCUGAAGCCCAAGAUGCGCAAGGAGUGGGCGCCCUGCAUGGCCGCCUUCCUCAUCCUCACCCUCUUCAUGGAGGACCUGGAGGUCACGAUUGACGUUUUCGGCACGAGCCAGAAUCAGAUCGACAAGGACCGCGAGCGCCGGCCCUCGGAGGAGUUCAAGCGGUCACACAUGCUGGCCAUGAAUCGUGAGAUUGAGCAUAUGCCUUUUAGGCAAUUUGCCUACCAAUUUCACCAGAUUUACCAGACGCACUCCACGGACGCGUCGACCAAGCCAUUCAACCCGCUCGUGGACGCCUCGCUCCUCGACGAGCAGAACCUGGACCCCGCGGCCAUGGAGAUGGUGCGGAGCUUAAGGGAUAUGAUGAAUGACUAUGAAAUUGCGAGCGAGCUGGACUUUUUGACCGCGCAGGGCUCCGAGCUCGACAAUGACGGCGCCAGCCACCCCUACCCCAUGGACGUGUCCAACAUCUACUCGGGGCGCCUCAUGGCCAAGUUUAUUCUCUCCUUCAAUAACAUCCAGCACCUGCUCGAUCCCUGAGAGGGAAGAAGACCCUUCCAGGUGGAUGGACGGUAUGCAUUUGCGGGUUCAGGCAUUUAACGGGGCGGCGGAUUUGCAUAUUGUUCACUUUGCAAGCGAUAAAGAUGUGAUGAUGACACAUCCCAUGUAUUUUUUGUAUAUACAGACGAUAUAAUGGCAUUGACGCAUAAUGGCACGAGAUGUUUGUCCG